AUGGCGAACCGCAGUUACCUAAUGCCGGAUCUUAUCGAGAAAGCCUCUAAGCUUAGUAUCGACGAUCUUGACACCAACAAGAGUCCUAGCAGUAUCUCACGUUAUCAGGAAUUCCCCUAUGCUCACUUUUACGACAUGAAUAAAAUCCGAGAUCCUGCUAGCCUGAAGAAGACCAGCCCUGAGUAUCAUGAACGCGUGAGGAAAGCCCUCAAGGCCCUUGAGGAAAAGUACCUUGAGGCUUAUCAAGUCUACCAGACCUGGAAGGACGAACUCAUUCUCCAAAUUGAAGAUCAUGACCAGCAUAGCUGGAACAAUUUCAUUCUGGAUCCUCGCGACCGCAUGGGAUUUGGUGACGGGAUAUUGGAGGACCUCGAGACUUUUCUUGACUUUUCCAACACGUGCUACCCGUUUCCAAGUUGUAAGAGUCAAGAACGCUUCAGUAAAACACUCUUCAAGAGACGGGUGGAAUUGGCCGAAAUCAAGGGACUUAUCGAGACCGGACGCCGUGAGCUCGCCCGGCUGGAGGGUUCCGACUCGUUCAUCCAACUUCGCAAUGACUUUGUCAAGCAUCACGAAGAAGUUGCAGCCAAGUGCGAUCUUCUCGACUUUCGUGAUGAUACGAGUAGUUGCGCGUCUUCCGAUUCAGGAGGAACAAGCCGAGAUAUUGAAGAUUAG